UACCGCUUGCUAUUUGAAAGGAAAUCAAUAAAAAUGGUGCACAUUAAAAGUCAUAGUUUGAAAUUCGUGUUUUUCCUAUUUUGCUUGUCACAGGUACAAGCAGGCACCAAACUUCUUCCUGACAAACCAGAUGAUCCAUUUGAUGAAUUAUUCAGAGAGAUCUCCAAGUCAGUUACCAAAAUUUCAGAGAAGAUCCAAUUAAGACUAUCCGAAGCUGAUGUCCAUGCCGAUAAAUAUUUCGACCAUUUGAAAGAAAACGUUGAAAACACUAAUGAACAUUUUCAAGAAAUUCUUCAAAAGGUCCAUGAAAGUGUAGAAAAAUUACAAAAACAGAUGUGUGAUGUCGUUCAACAACAAAUCGAACGUGUAGGCGAAGAAUUAAAAGCCAGGGAUCCAGAAAUCGGCAAGAAGGUCAAGAAAUUAAAAGCAGAAUUAGUCGAUUUGAAUGAAGACCUUAUGAAAUUAUAUGAAGAAAUCAAGAAACCGUUUUUGGAACGUUUCAAUGAGUUGAGAGACGAUAUUAGAAUCAAAACCAAACCAAUCGUCAAACCACUGGAAUUGGCCUUUACAGACUUUACAGACCACUGGAAUUGGCCUAGUAGUCAACAAUUUAAGAAGAAGAGGUGGAGACGUAGGAAAGUUGGCCAGAACAAUAGUGGCCUAUGGAAAAAUGUAGUAAAAACGGAAAUGACUAAUGAAUAUUAUAGCUCUAUUAAAAAACCUAGUUCUUAA